CUCAGGACACCAAUCACGGCCAAAACACACGAUGUCAUACCUGAUCACCGCAGAGGAACUUCAAGAAGCCAUCGGGAGCGUAUCCUGCCCCUCUCAAGCACCUCAACCCACCCCGAUCGAUCACCUACAAACCCUUUCAACGGCUUUUGAGACCUUACACAAAUUUCUGCGACCAGUUUGGCCAGUCCCUAAACACUAUACGGCUCGCUCAUCUCCUUCACAACGUGUUGUUCAGGCUCUUGCUCGUGUGAUCGAAUUGAAUGCUCAGGAGGAAUUGUUUGAUUGGUACAAAAGUCAGAUUCAUCGCUGCUUCACAAAUGUGAGGAAUGAGACGAUAAAAAUUGCUACGGGAAAUGAACAAGAUUGUCUUGCUCAUCAACUCGUGAUUCAGCUCGUCGAAAGAUGGCACGUGAUCUUUCUGACAUGGUACGAUCCUUUACGCGUAUUAACACCCGAAGACACAUCCGCUUACAGCCUCUACUCGAAAUAUUUCUACACUUUUUUGCUUUCAUGCAUUCCGGAUUUUUUUCCUGCCGGGAUAAAAAAGCUCUUCGAAUUGGACCUCGCCACUCCUUCGUCUUUACUAUGCGCACCAACUUCAUCCUAUCCCUUUUCCCCGCUGAUAAACCAAUUGACCACAUUAGGCUUACUCAAGCGAUUCCAACCUGUCCUCUUUUCGGUUGGAUAUGACGCCAUCGAAGAGCGAAUUGAAACCGUUUGUCGCGGCGAAUGGCUCGACUCUUCGAGUGCUUCCCUGGAGGGAAUGAUCAGAUGGUUCCGUCAAGAGAUUGGAGUCUGGUUGCUUAAAGUCCUGGAAGCUGCAGACCAGUGUAUGGUCCCAUCAUCCGAUCAACCGGAUAUGAGUCGCGUGAUAGAGAUCGUGCGCCCAGCAAUGUCGCGAUUUGAAUAUCACAUCUAUAAAAGCAUGUCAGAACUCAGGAUCUUUGAAUUAUUCGAUAUCAUUGUCGAUUUUCCGGAAACACUGCCGGUACUAGAGGACCUAAGGAUCUGCUUGAAUAAAACCGACCAGCGCGCUUACUUGGUGCACAAGCUACGUGCAGCAAAUACCCGAAGGCUCCUGCAUCCCGGCGCCGAUACCCAGGACAUAAUUACUCAGUAUAUCUCGCUUAUGAAAGCAUUGCGGGUUUUGGAUCCUCCUGGAGUUUUGCUCAGCUGUGUUGCUCAGCCGGUUCGAGUUUACUUGAGGAGUCGUGAAGAUACAAUUCGUUGCAUAGUGACAUCUCUAGUGGAGCCUGGCCAUUCACUAGGAGAUGAACUAGAUCAAAUACCUGAUAACGAUAACGCCGCUCAGGGGUUGAGUUCAGGUAUACCAAUUCAAGAAGAGAAUGACUACCAACUCACAGACUGGAUGCCCGAUCCCGUCGAUGCCCCAAUUGGGUACAAGAGCCUGCUGAAGGACGAUGUGAUUGAAAGCCUUGUCAGUAUUUAUGAAAAUCGAGACGGGUUUGUCAAGGAGCUGCAGACCCUUUUGGCCAGUCGGUUGCUAGCUGUGAAAGGUUUUGAUGUGACACAAGAGCUCACUCGGAUCGAAAUACUGAAAGGAAAGUUUGGAGAGGCCAACUUGCAACCUUGUGAUAUCAUGCUGAAAGAUCUUUCAGACUCAAAGAGAAUUGAUACAGCUGUCCAUGAAGCCAUACCCAAGGCACCAAUCCAUCCAAUCAUCAUCUCGCGUUUGUUUUGGCCCAAUCUGGCGUCCUCCGCCUUUCGUUUUUCUCCUCGGCUUGUAGAGUUAUUGAAAGCUUUUGAACAGACGUACACAGCUCAAAAAGUAGAUCGACGACUCAGAUGGUUACCUCAAUUGGGGAGUGUUGAGAUAGAUGUCGAACUUGAAGACAGGACCCUCAGUCUGGAGGUGACAACACUCCAAGCUUCAAUCAUCGAAAUGUUUGGAAUAUCAGAUACAUGGACGUUUGCUCGACUCAGAACUGCACUCAAAAUCCGAACAGAUCUCACCUCACUUCGGAAUUCAUUAUAUUUUUGGUCUAACCAAGAGGUCUUGAAGGAAGUUGAAUCUGGAGUUUGGAAACUCUUUGAGACUCGCGAGAGCUAUAAAUCCUCUUCAAUUAGGCCCGUUCGACACGUUAUCGAGCACCAGGUGGCUCAAGUUGAGAAGGAUUAGACAAAAGCUGGAAACACUGGGUUUGUGUUGUAACUUGCUUUUUUUUAUUGUUGUUGUAGAUGACCUUCUUGUACUUCUAGUUCAGAUGAGAAGUGGAAAGCGUUGCAAUUUGAGCAGGCUAAUUUUGCUAGUGGAACUCAAUCUCAACAACAAAGGCCCAAAAGUGACUUAGAAACUGAAAUCUCCCUGGGCGGUUGCUUC